GAUAUUUCAAACACUAUUAGUUUAAUAUUGUUUUUAAAUCUUUGUAAAAAAAAUAAUUUAAUGUUUUAAAAUUGAAUGGGCAAAAAAUUUAGUAAAAUUCGUAAGGAUGAACUAAAAGACUUGGAGAAAUCUACUCAUUGUACCAUAUCGAUAGGCAAAACUAUAGGGAGAUACUUUUAUCUCGAAUAUUUAUUCUAGUGAGAGCGAAACCUUUAUAGCGAGUCCACAUUCGCGAAUACUAGAAGACUAUAUCGCAAAUUUUUUAGGGAAACUAUUGUGAAAACUUAAGUUUAUACAUAACAGCGAAACAAAAUUUUAUGGCGAACUCAUUAUUGCGAAGGCAAUAUAGCGAAAACUAUUAUCGUGAAAACAAUAUAGCGAAUGCAAUCCCGUGAUAAUUAUUAAGAUAUCUACAUAGAACUAUUAUAAAAAUCUUUACAUGUCUGUCCCUAUAAGGUAUCAAUUCACCCAGAAAAAAAUGUAUAAAUAAAGGGGCCCGAUGUUCCGAUAUAAACAUCUUCCUUCUUUUUUAGUCAACAGAAAGGAAAUCAAUGAAUGGUACGAAAAUUAUAUCAGAGAAUGCCCAGAUGGUAAAUUACACAAAAAAGAAUUUCAAAAAAUGUACACACAAUUUUUUCCCGAAGGUAAUUCGACGCAAUUUUCCGAAAUCAUUUUCGACGUUUUCGACGAAAACAAAGAUGGGUACUUAAAUUUUAGGGAAUUUAUAUUGUCAUUGUCAAUCAUAUCCAGGGGAACCAGUGAAGAAAAGUUAGAUUGGGCCUUCAGUAUGUACGAUUUAAAUAGGGACAAUUAUAUAACUCAAAAAGAAAUGAUGUCAAUAAUUAUGGCUAUAUAUGAUAUGUUAGGACAUGGCAACAAAGAAAGGAAAAAUAGCCAGGAUAAAAUUAAAAUACUAUUUCGAGAUAUUGAUACAAACAAAGACGGAAAGAUAUCUAAGGAAGAAUUUAUUAAAUUUUGUAGAAACGACCCAUCAAUUAUGGAAACAUUAUCGUUAAAUUUCUUCAACUAAUAAUGAGCAAGACAGCUUUGAUUUAAAACAAACGAUAGACAAUCCAAUCAUUAUGAAAAAAUUCGUCUUGGCAAUAAAUACAUAAUUGAUAAAAUUGAUAAA